UUCUCGAACUUUUCCAGAUAGAACUGCUUCCCUUCUCGUUUUUACUAGGUGAUUCAUGGCUGCCUAGCCAAAUUACCAGAAUAUCCCCUCACACUGAUUUUGUCAUAAUCGGCGGCUCAGAUCUUGGUUAUGAACGUGCUUUACCAUUCUGGAAAGUAGAGAUUAAGACCUUUCCAACGCAUAUAAGCUCAUUUCUAGAAGUUACUUGAGCUGCACGCAAUGUUCUGUUGAGAUCGUCAAACUUAAUCUCUAAUUAGUUCUCUCUAGAUUUGCACGAUUUCCAUCAGUGGUAUCAGAGCCACGGUUAGAGGACGUUCUUUCCUCCAUUGGAAGAGAUCUAGAGGGGCUUGAAGUGCUCCAGAUCUAGGGUUUGACAUGGCCCAAAAGUUGGAUGGCCCUCCUAGGUUUACCGGCUCGGAUUUUUCGCUAUGGAGGUUCCAGUUCACACUAUGGGUAGGUAUUAAGGACCUAGAAAGUGUGUUGGAUGGAUCGGAGAAGCGACCACGAGCUGACUCUGGGGAGGCGUCUACUGGAGCAACCAGCCAAGUGGGAUCCGGGGCUGGGGGAGCGUCGUUGAGUGGGGUGAAGGAAGGAGGAACUGCUGCAACUCGAACCGGAAGGUCGCAACCAAGUAGCGAGGAGUUGCUCAAAGCUCAAGAAGCAUGGGAUCGGAAGGAUCGCCAGGCUUUUCAGUACCUGUGUUGGGCUUUGGAGGGGCAACUUGAGCUUCUUAAGAUGCUGAUUGACCUGAAGGGGAAGGAAGGUGCAGCGGCUGCAGCUUGGAAAAGAGUACAAGAUAGGCACUUGCAGAAAGGGCUUCUAAGCGUGCUUACUUGGCGGAAGCGGUUUUACACCAUGGAGCGGAACUAUGGGGAGGGGGAGACCAUGGUUCAGUAUCUCCAGAGGGUGGAUGAGAAUGUGCGGGCUUUGGAGGAGCUGGAUUACACGGUAGAUGAGAAGGAGAUCAUCUAUACUGCGCUCCAAGGGUUGGAUCAAGCGGCUAAUGAGGCAUUACUACAGUACCUUCACCUCGAGCAACAGAAAUGGACCAAGGUGUGGAUUUGGGAGGUUCUAAUUUCUGAUGAGGCUCGCAAGGUUGAUGCUGGAAGAGGUCUAGAAGGAGGCAUGGGUGCAGCAGAUAAAGCUUCCUUCAGGAAAGGCUAUCAACAGCAAGGAGGUGGGGGGAAGAAGAAAGAGUUGGACAAAUGCCUUGUGCCCGGAUGCAACAAAAAACACUCUUGGAAGAGUUGCUGGAGUAGGCCUGAGGGAUGGAAGCCUCACGGCUACUCUGGAGAGGCCCCACCAGUGACCAAACCUGAUUGGGUGGAGAAAAGGAUGAAGAAGGGGCUCUGGAAUAAGAAGGGCAGCAAGGGAGCAACGGCCGCAGCUGCUAAGGAUGAGAAGGGGAAGGGCCAAGACGACUCCUCCGAUGAUGGUUUCUCGUUUCUCAUGCUAGGGCAGGAUGCAGCUCUCGUUGGUCGUGCAUUGGCUAAUCCCAACUUCCUGGUUCUAGACUCUGGAGCAACAUCUGGGAUGCUUCCUCGCCGUGAUCUUUUCACCUCCUACCAUCCUCUCCCACCAAACUCUAGGAGAGUGAUUGUUGGGAGCGGAGAUUUGCUGCAGGCAAUUGGCAUCGGCACGAUCACCAUUAAGGGGAAGGAGGGGGAGCUAGUGGGUGUGAAGGGGGUCCUUCACGUCCCUGGUUUGGCUGCAAACCUCCUUUCAUGCUCGCAGCUGGCUAAACAGGGAUACAUCUGCACUUUCACUGAGGGAGGGUGUACUGUUAGAAAGGGUGAAGCUGUGGUGAUGGAGGCAAAGCUGGACAAGGGUUUAUACCUUGUUCCAGCUUGUGUGCCUAAUUAUUACAAGGCACAUAUGGUUUUUUCUGAGGAAGCCGCUUGUAGCACUCGCUGGAGGCAGGUGGAAACGGUGUCACCUGAGUUGCUACACCUUCGCAUGGGGCACGCGGGGAAGCAGCAACUGCUGGAGUGUGUGAAGAAGGGGGAGCUGAAGGGGGUGGAGGUCAAGGAAGGAGCUGGGCAGCAGAGCAAAUGUCCCGACUGCACGUCUGGAAAGCUGCCUAGAACCUCAUUCCCUAUCUCCUCUGAUCAUGCCUCGACUCCCCUUGAGCUGGUGCACACGGAUGUGUGUGGACCGAUGCAAACUCCUGACCGGGAAAAGGGCAACAGAUACUUUGUCACCUUUCUUGAUGACUUCAGUCGACUUAGCUGGGUCAUCUUGGUGAAGACCAAGGAUGAGGUGGCAAAGGUGUUUAGGCGGUGGAUACGCUAUGUGGAGAGGGAGUCAGGGGCCAAGGUGAAGGUGUUAAGGUCAGAUCGGGGUGGAGAGUACCUUGGGAAAGAACUUCAAACCUUCUUGGAAGAAAAGGGUAUUACCCACCAGCUCUCUGUACCUUACACGCCGCAGCAAAAUGGGGCAGCGGAGCGGCUUAACAGGACCUUGACCGAUUUGGCUCGGGCCAUCCUUUCCCAUGCCGAGCUUGAUAACACUUGGUGGGGGGCAGCAGUGCAGUAUGCCAACUGGGUGAAGAACAGGAUGGGCAGCAAGGGGCUUGGAGGCAAGAGCCCAUACUCCUUAUGGACAGGGAAGGUGCCGAAUGUUUCCAUGGCACGAGUGUGGGGGUGCAUGGCACAGUAUAAGGUACCUGACCAGCAAAGGAGGAAGCUAGAUCCUAAGGCACAGUGGGGGAUCUUCCUUGGGGUUUCUGAGAGGAGCAAGGCUUGGGUGCUGUGGAGUGUAGCUGACCAGCGUGUGAUGGAGAGCCGUGAUGUGGUUUUCCAUGAGGGGCUGAAUUUUAAGGGGUGGAAGGAGCAUGGUACAAGCCAAAGUGGGACUUCCAUUCAAGACCCUCAUACGGCUUCUAUCUUUGAGGGGGCAUGGGAGGACCCUGGAGAUGAAGGGGAGGAGCAGCAGGAGGAGCCAGAACCAGCUGAUCCUAACCAUGAGGAGUCCCGAGAGACAGAUUCUACCCCUCAGCCAGCCACGCAGGCCGAUGCGCGUGAUGAUCAGCCGGAGCAGCAUGUGCCUUCAACUCCAUCGAGAAGCAGUUGGCAGCAGUUGUUGAACCAGCAGCUGUCCAAGACUCCAAGGACUCCAAUGAAGAGGGUGACUUGGGAGGAGAAGCUGCGGAGGCUGGAAGAAGGAGAGGCAACACCUCUGCGACGCAGUGCUCGAAUUUCCCAGCCACCUGAAAGGUUUUCACCGGGGCACAUUGCACGCAUGCAUGAUCAUCUUGUGUCUGAUUUGGAUGAUUGCAUGCUUGUGGACAUGCAUGGGCAUGAGUAUGCUCUUGAUGUGUGUCUAAUGGGUCAGGUGCAUGAGCCUAGGUCAGUCCAUGAGGCGCUGAACCGUCCCGAAUGGGUUGAGUCUAUGCAUGAGGAGCUUGAGUCUCACAAGGUAAAUGGAUCAUUUGAGCUGGUUGAUCCAGCCGUGGUACCACCUGGUUUGGAGGUCCUCAGGUGUCAUUGGGUUUGGAAAUACAAGCAUAACCCUGAUGGUACUAUUGAAAGGCCUAAGUCCAGAUUGGUGGUGAUGGGAAACACGCAGAAAUUGGGAGUACACUAUGAAGAAGUGUACUCUCCAGUUGGGAAGCAUGCGACCUUGAGAGGUAUGCUUGGAAUUUCAGCUGCUUUGGGGCUUGAUAUCCAUCAUAUGGAUGUCAAGACAGCCUUCCUCCAUGGGGAUUUGGAGGAAGAGCUUUACAUGCGGCAGCCCCCUGGUUUUGAUGAUGGCUCUCACCGAGUGUGUCGCCUCAAAAAGUCCAUUUAUGGGCUAAAGCAAGCCCCACGACAGUGGUACCUAAAAUUUGAUGAGGCUCUCAUGGAUUUUGGGUUUGAGAGAUCUGAGUGUGACCCUGCCUUGUACCACUUUGUGAGAGAUGAGGAGCGGAUCUCCUUAUUCCUCUAUGUGGAUGACCUUUUGCUCCUAUGCUCUAGCAAGGCUUUGCUAGAUCGAGUGAAAGACUUCUUGUCCUCGCGUUUUCGCAUGAAGGACUUGGGGGAGGUGAAGUACUACUUGGGAAUGCAAAUUGAGCGUGAUGAGAGUGGUAUCUUGAUUCAUCAAGAGAGGUACAUUCUUAACAUGCUUCAGUCCUUUGGCCUCUCAGAGGCCAACCCCGUGCGUACUCCUCUCCCAACAGGCUUUGAUGUGCAUGCCUAUGAGGAUGAACCCUUGCUGCGAGAUGAGCUGGUCAAGCUCUACCAAAGCAUUGUGGGAUCCCUCAUGUAUGCUUGUACUACCACACAGCCACAGAUUGCCUUUGCAGUCUCACAGCUAUCUAAGGUCGCCUCUUGUCCUAAAAUGUUUCACUUGCAGGCCGCUAAGAGAGUGCUGAGGUACCUGAAAGGUGGUGUCAAGUCAGGUAUCUUCUUCCAAACACAGCCCCAGUCUCAGGUCCAGCUAGUUGGCUUCAGUGAUGCUGACUAUGCUGGAGAUUCCGCAAGUCGCAGGAGCCACAGUGGGUAUGUGUUCUGUCUGAAUGGGGCAGCUAUCUCUUGGCAGAGCAAGAGGCAGCCCGUGGUAGCACUCUCUACCACUGAGAGUGAGUAUAUAAGUCUGUGUCAGUGCAUUCAGGAGGGUGUCUGGCUGAGGCGUUUGUUUGAGGAGUUUGGCCAUGAUCAUGCUGGUGGUGUGCCUGUGUUUGUGGAUAAUCAGUCUGCCAUUGCCCUUGCACAGAAUGCAUGCUUGCAUGGCCGCACCAAACACAUGCAGGUCCGGUGGCAUUUCAUUCGGGAGAUGGUAGCUGCGGGUGAGGUGAUUUUGCAGUGGUGCCCCACCAACCGUCAGGCUGCUGAUACUCUUACCAAGUCUCUUCCAUUUGAGCGUCAUGGUGUGUGCAUGACCUUGCUCGGGAUGCAGCCCCAUGAUGACAGAGUUCCCGCAGCAGAUGCCGGCGACUUGGUGCUCCUCUCCUUGGCGGACUCCAUGCUCUGGGUGGCCCCAACCCAUGGGCAAGGGGGAGUGGUGUGAAGUCUUUUGCCCUAUGGUGUUGAGCCACACCCAGCACGAGCAAGGGGGAGUGGUGUGAAGUCUUUUGCCCUAUGGUGUUGAGCCACACCCAGCACGAGCAAGGGGGAGUGAUAAAUGUGUAGUGUUCUGUGGUGUAGUUUGCUCUAGCUGAUUGUGGGCUAUUGGGAUUUGGGCAAAAGAUGUGUGCUCGCAAAACGUUCGCGAAUUAUCUGUGCGGAUGCUUUGCAAACGUUUUGCGAACAAGUGGGUGUAAAUACCGUGCGGACUAAGAUUCGAACACUUUGCGAAUGCUUGGACAACAUUUGCCAAAACACUCCGCGCGAGCAUUCGGAAACGAUGGGCGGUGUUGUCUCGAAUGCAAUAUAGUGUUUCGUCAAAUGCAUUGCAAUGCAUAUUUUGAUGCUGCUUUGGAUUUGUAUGAAAAUGAUUUUGCAUUCUUGCCAUCCAUUCUUUUUGUUCUGUUGACCAUUGGUGUAUCAAAUGAUGUUAUUCAUAAAAGUAAAUGUACCACCAUUACAAACGAUAUACACAAUUUCUACCAGUGGUUACCAACCUAAUUACCUAGAAAUAUGCAAGCCCCCAACAACCUAAUAACGUAUGCAGCAUGCCCGUCCCGCACUACCACGAACAGAAACAGAGCGGCGGCACACCAACGACGUUGCCGACAACGUAAAUUCUUGACGCCGACUUGCUAUUCCUGCAUGUGAAGUAAGAAUUCAUUUCAAAGUAAGCCCAAUGUCCAAAUUAC